AUGCACUCGGACCAAUAUUUGAAUUUGCUAAUGAAUGAAGCUGGUCAGCAGGAUCCAGUUGUUGGUGACACUGUUGGACUUAAAACAAUAAUUUUAUUUUUUUCUUUUGUCGUUUUUUUCCAGCAAUCACUCAAAAGAGGGAAAACAGAAAGAGAAAAAAAAAAAAGUCUAGACACAGUGAAAUCGGGAUCUUUUCAAACUUACAACAUCAUCAAAGGCAAGAUGGAAGAUGCAGAAUUGAAUGCCAUUAGACAGGCGCGUCUAGCUGAGCUACAAAAGACCUCUGGUGGAGGGAGCUCCAGCUCUUCGACGGCACUGGGCCAACAGCAAGAACAACAACAAAGAGCAGCCAAUGACAUGACCAGUGCUAUUUUGGGGAAAGUAUUGGAAACUGAAGCACGAGAGAGAUUGAGUAGGGUGAGAAUUGUGAGGCCAGAUAGGGCACAAGCGGUGGAAAACUACAUCAUGAAGUUGUAUUCAAUUGGACAAAUAAGGCAAAAAUUGAGUGAAAAGGACAUUGUGGAAAUACUUGAUGGUCUAAGUAGAGACACCCAGCAAAAACAACAGUCCAAAAUUGUAUAUAAUAGAAAGCAAACCCUUGAUGACGAUGACGAAGAUGAUUUUUUUGAUUAA